CGCCAAACACUUUGUAAUUCGCCGGCCAGGAGACACGCAGCUUCAAGAAGCUUAAUACUCCCUUGAGCCAGCCAUGCGCCUGUUGUUAUGGGUUUUGCUUGUGACUUUGGUCACCUUCCUUUCAAGUGGCGACGCUGCUCCAGUCGAUUCGAAUAAGCAGCUGGAACGCGCUGCAAUCAACAAGGUGACAUCACGCAACCUUGCUAAUGACAACAGUCUCACACAUGAGAAAAGAUUCCUGAGGGGAGACCGCAGCAACAUCGUGAAUUUGAAGGAUGGAGACGAAAAUGAAGAGAGAAAAAUCGGCCAGAAGAUGACUACGGCACUCAAAUCAAUCAAAGUCUGGUACCUCAAGUGGGAGCAGAAAAUUCUCUUGCCUGGGUUUAAGAAGAUGGCGAAGAAGGAGAUGACUUACUCGAAACUCAUGGAUCGCUUCCGUGUAAGAAUGAUGAAUAGUGGUCGGUGGGGCACACCGUCUGGGUUCAAACGAUACGGAAGGCUCUACAAAGACUACCUGAUAAGCAUUAAUCGCGCGGACCUUGCGGUGUGAGGGUCUGGCAAAUUGAGUGGUCGUGAUAAGAUGAAAACCAUCAAUAAAUUUGCUUCGAGCGCUGUCCUUCUC